AUACGUUCCUGCGCUUCGAAUCCAACGCCAACACCGAAAGCAAGAGAGAAUGGCGAUGGCGGCCUCUUCCAAUCCUCAAACCCAAGACCAAGACGCUGCCAUUCCUCCAAAGACUGCCGAUGCUCUCCCGCCCCCUAACCCUAACCCUACCGAUGCUCUCCCCGCUCCUCCCCUUGUCUGCCUCGCUAGGUUCGCCGGCGAUUCCAUGGCCGGCGCUUUCCUCGGUUCCAUUUUCGGCUACGGCUCAGGUUUGUUGAAGAGAAAAGGUUUUAAAGGAUCAUUUGCAGAGGCAGGAUCUUCUGCUAAGUCUUUUGCAGUGUUUUCUGGAGUUCAUAGUCUUGUUGUCUGCUUCUUGAAGCGGCUUCGAGGGAAAGAUGAUGUUAUUAAUGCAGGUGUGGCUGGUUGCUGCACUGGCCUUGCUUUGAGCUUUCCAGGUGCACCCCAGACUUUACUGCAGAGCUGCCUGACAUUAGGAGUAUUUUCAUGCAUCAUGGAUGGUAUGAAUAAGCAGCAGACUGCUCUUGCACAAACAAUCUCUAUGGGUAAAAUUAGCGUCAAAGACUCCCAAGGUGUUCUUCCCCCUUUCACUCUCCCUCUUCCUCAUGACAUCAAGGAGGGGUUUGCUGCUUUCUGCAAAUCAUUGCAGAAACACAAGGGUGCUUCUUGCCAAUGACUACAAACAUCCUAGUAGUAGUAGCAGGUCAUCUUCUCUUGUUCAGAAGGUAGUGCUUGAUGUUCUAUGUUAGAGAGUGAUCAUAAUCCUUUCUGCUGGAUUUUGCUUAUGAGACUGAUGCUUUUGCUUUCCAUUAUGCAUGUGAUCCAUUGUUUUAUUUGUUAGUCCCUUAUGCUAUUUAAAAUGAAUACUUGUGCAAUUGUUGAAGAUCAUACUGGUUAUCUUUGUAGCAGGCCUUGGGAGGAACCUAGCCCAUUUCUGUAUCUGAAGUUUGUGCAGUUAUCUUGGUCUCUCUUGAUAAGAAACUUGCAUUGAUUAAGUUUAA